GCUCCCCCUUCAGCAUCACCCGCCAUAUCCAGUGCCCUCGUCGUCCUCUCUACAUCCCACCAUGGCUCCCAAGCCAGCUCCUACGACGUCUUCCAAGGGCCAGGUCAAGUCUGCCUCGUCCUCCAAGAAGAAGGCAGCGAGUGCAGCUCCUAUCGAUGGCGCCGACGAGGAGCCUCUCUCAGCCGUCAUUUUGGCAGACUCCUUCGAUUCUCGCUUCUCGCCUCUGACCUUGACUCGUCCUCGCUGCCUGCUACCUCUAUGCGGCGUCCCUCUGAUCAAUCUGACCCUUGAGCGGCUGCUACAAGCCGGCGCCUCAAAGGUCUACGUCCUGUCCAAAUCGCAUACCCACCUCGUUCGCCAGCACAUCGAAUCGCUACGGAAGAGCGGCGCUCUGACUGGCCUCGACAUCGUCGUGUAUGCGCUGCCUUCUGCUACAUCCGUUGGGCAUGCUAUGCAAGAUCUGGAUUCCAAGCAGGUCAUUCGAGGUGACUUCAUCCUCGUGCAGCCAGAUGCCGUGGGCAAUGUCGAUCUUCGGGAGAUGGUGCGAAUUCACACGGAAAGGAAGAAGCUCGAUCGCGAUGCCAUCAUGACAAUAGGCAUGAUGAGCGUUGAACCACAGGCAAGGAAUAGCCCACCAUCUAGCUCACCGAUCGUUGCACUGCGGUCAAAGUCACAACAACUCCUGCAUUGGGCUUUCCACACCCCUGCUGCAUCGGCUCGUCACGCUUCUUUACCCUACGAGGAUACGUUCCUCGAUUCCGUCCUGGACGCCUCGACUUCGGAAGUCGACCUACGAUCGGACUUGAGGGAAACCGGAAUUGACAUCUGCGGAAUUGAGGUUCCUCCCCUCUUCUCUGAGAACUUUGACUACCAGAAGCUCAGGAGGGAUUUUGUCGUCGGCAUCCUUACCAGUGAUCUGCUGGACAGUAAGCUCUUCGUGCACGUUGCAAACGAGGCAGACAACGUUGACAGCGCUCAGUCUCUGGCUUCGACCAGCGCCUACGGCUCACGCUGCGAUUCCACAAGAGCCUACGAUGGCAUCAGCCUUGAUGUCCUCUCUCGCUUCACCUUUCCGAUUGUACCGGGAGCUCCAUCCUGGCCAGGCGAACGUCUAGAGGCACGGCUUGCCAGCAGAUUCCAAGGCGUAGAUGGUGUGGAGGUGGCAAGAAGCGCCAUUGUGGGUAGUCAUACACUCAUCUCUUCGAGGUGUACCCUGGAAGACAGCGUCAGCGUCAUUCGAUCCACACUCUGUGAGGGCGUAAGCGUCCAGCAGGGAAGUACAAUAGAAGGCUCUCAUCUAUUCAAGAAUGUACAGGUGGGACCGCGCUGCAACAUCACGUCUUCGAUCAUUGGCGAAGGAGUCAAGCUACUGGAAGGUGUCACCAUUGAGUCAGGCUGCAUCAUUGCCGAUGGCUGCACUAUUGGGCCUGAUGUGACAGUACAAGCCGGGAGUCGCAUUGCGACCCGUAGAUUGGCAGAUGUCAAGAGGGCGGAAGAGGAAGACAGCGACGGAGAGGACGAUGUCGCGACAAAGACCGCCCACCCUCUUCCACCUCCUGGCUCUGAUGCCCGUCUGGGCAAAGACAGUAUAGGGUACCUUUGGCCCGCUCUAGGAGUGAGAGACCCGGAAUAUGAAGAUGAUUCGGAUGACGAAGACGAUGAGGAUGACGAUGUGCUUGAGGCUCCCGCCACCCUCCGUCAUCUGGUGAUCGGGGCGAACCUACGGCAAGGCGAGACAACCGAUACGACUUCCCAAGACUCACUCUCUUCUGUCGAUGGCGAUUCCGAGUUCGGCUUCGGGUCAGACUCGGACGAAGACUCGGAUGCUUCUGACAUCGACGGGGACGGGGACUUCCCUACUGCCACUCCUGGACUCUCUACCCACCUCGACUCCUUGACGCUCUCUGGCGACGAUGCUGCUCUUGAUGAAGCGGCAGCUUCGGCGCGGCAAGCAGACUUUAGCGCUGAAGCCUCCGCCUCGCUGGAUCGUGCCUUUGACGAAGGCCACACCAUUGACAAUGCCUCGAUUGAGCUAAAGACGCUUCGUAUGGCUAGCAAUGUGCCACCUUCCUCUGUGAGACGAGUCGUCGUCGACAAGCUCAUGGAGAGGUGUGAUGCCAGUGACGUCAAGAAGACGGGUCAGUGGCUCAAUCGCUGGAGUCCACUGCUGAACAACAUUGGCUCAAAUGGCCCGGUAGAGGGAUGCGAGACGAUCCUCUUCAUCCAGAAAUUCUGCGCUCGAGAUCAAGGAAAGAAGAUGGCCCUGUUCACCGGCGUUGUCACAAAGCUCUACAAUGACGACUUGAUUAGUGACGAGGGUGUGCUGGAGUGGGCUGGGGACAAGAGGAGCGAAGGGGCCGAGGUUAGUGAAGAAGCGGUGCGCAAGAGGAUGGGAGAGCUAAAGGAAAAGGCAAAGACCAUCAUUGAGCAUGCUGGAGAGAGUAGCGAUGAAGAAAGCGAAGAGGAUAGUGACGACGAGUAGACUUGUGUACCAGUGUUACCAACAAGACAAAAGUGCAUAGACUAUCAC